UGUGACCUUUUACUUAUUAAUUAAUUAGCAAGAUUACCAUCUCGGGUUGUUGCGAUUAAUUGAUAAAAGCUGGUUCUCCGCCCCCGAUAAUUUAAAAUAAUAGCUCGGCGCAACGGUGGAAAAGCGGCGCCUAAUCAUUUUCCUGCUCUCAUUUGGCUGUCGCGCCGAUCAAUUAUUCAUCGCACGAAUUGCUCCGUCGAUUUUCUGCGCCAGUUUUCGUUUUGGCAGUCAUUACGGUGCUGUUUGGCUUCCGAAAAUGCCGGUGAUAUCGAACCUGCUCUUCCUGCUGGUCAUUUGCAAAUGUUGCUAUUCCAAAUAUUUACCAAACCAGAGACAAAGAAACCAAUCUCUCCUGCCCAGCAACAAUUUGAGUUUUGCUGGCCGCGUUGCAGGAAGGCCAACGCAGAAAUUUCAAGAGGUGACGACAGUUUCAAAUAAGUAUAUUUCGACUACAGAUACAGAUCAACAGAAACUAUGGGAGUUGUGGUACCCAGAUAAUGUCAACCUCAGCAACGUGGCUGGACUGAAAGCAACACGUAAAUCUAAGCGGACGACAAAUAUUGUUUUGCAACGUGACGAGCAAGCGCCAAAUAAGAAGGAAAAUGGAAAGGUUGAUAUUCAUUUGGUUGAUUGGAAAUGGCACGAAGUCGGCGUCUUUAUUACGUUCGCGAUAUUUGUGUUUGCCGUGGGCUACGCUAAAGUGGUAUUCCAUCAUACUCACUUUCUGGAGGCGUAUUUCCCGGAAUCUUUCCUGAUGUUGGUCCUAGGCGCCGCCGUUGGCUUUGUAUUAUACGUUUUGGGCUACAGGAUGCCUGCUGAUCCGCCGCCCAAACCGCAGCAACUCGAAGCCAGCAGCGACGACGAAGACAGCACAUUUUCAUUUCCAAACUUUUCACCUCGUCUUUAUUUUUUGGUGCUCCUUCCGCCAAUUAUUUUGGAACAGUCGUAUGCCCUAUACGAUUCAGAAUUCGCUGAGAGCCUCUAUCCAAUCCUGCUCUUUUCAAUAGUUGGAAAGCUGAUAACCACUUUGUCGAUUGGAGCAAUUCUUCACGUUUUGUCAAUAUACAAAGUUUUUGGUUCCCUGCCAUCGAUGAAGAACGCGAGUCCUUUGCUUUCUUGGACAGAUGGCCUAAUUUUCGCUUCCAUCAUAUCAGCCGUGGACCCAGUGCCAGUUCUUGGACUCCUUCACGAAGCUGGCGUCAACAAACCACUUUAUUUCUUGAUUUUUGGCGAAUCUCUUCUCAAUGAUGCAGUUUCAGUGGCUUUACACAGUUCGGUGGUUGUGUUUGCGGGGCCGGUGAAGGUGGAAGAAUCGAACUACGGCAUGGCAGUUCUUGCAUUCGUGGUGAACAGUUUGGGCGGCCUCGCGAUCGGCGUGAUUUUCGGCCUGAUUUCAGCCCUGGCCACGAGGACCACAGCACAUCACAGAAUUGUAGAGCCGCUGACGCUGCUCGGGCUGGCGUACAUCGCGUAUUUGUUGGCCGAGGUCGUUCACUUUUCAGGUCACAUCUGCUUGAUAGGAUGCGGGCUGCUCCAGGCGCAUUACGCGUUUCAAAACAUCUCGUUCACUUCCUACGUUUCGAUUAUCCAUUUCGUCAAAAUGCUCAGCUCCACGAGCGAUGCCGUGAUUUUGAUGUUUCUCGGCAUGACAAUGGUCAGCUUCGCGCACGUGUGGCACACGGGAUUCGUCCUCUCGACCCUGAUAUUGUGUUUCCUGUGCCGAGUGUUCGGUGUCUAUUUUUUGGCGAUUAUCCACAAUUCCACCAGUUCGAAUUGGAUCAAUUUCCGAGACCAGACCGUGCUCGCCUACUGCGGUCUGCGGGGCGCCCUUUGUCUCUGCUUGGCGCACAUGCUGAACGAGUCAAGAGUGCAGCUAAAGGCGCUCUUUGAAACCACCACCCUGGUCGUCAUACUGUUCACGACGCUUUUUCAGGGCGGCACAAUAAAAUUACUUUUGAGUUGCUUGCGGAUCAAACGGCAACAUUACAGAGAAGAAAGUUUGAGUGAGCUGAUCGCUGAUUCUGUGUUCAGCUCGGUGAAGGAAGGGGUCGAGGAAAUUGCGAAAACCAAUAGAUAUGGUGUCGUCAGGAGGGUCCUUUCAAGAUUUGAUGAAAAAUACAUGAAGAAGAUUUUCUUGUCGGUUAACUUUGACCACGAAGUACAAAAAGCAAUGCACAAUACGUUGGGUCUCGAGGGGCCGAUAUCAAGUAGAGCUCCUUCAGGGAGGAGUUUGUACAGCCGCUACAAAACUGUUGCAGUGAUUAACAGAAAGUUUUACCAAAUAGAGCAGCCAUGGGUCCAAAGACGCAGAAUGGAUAUACACAGGCCGUUCAGAGUGGAAAAGAAGGAUAAAACGCAAAUGAAAGGCCGUGAAUUAGACAUCCAGAUGGUGCAUGCACACAACGAGGUCGACAGGCCGUUAGUGAUUGAAUUGCACGAUGUGAUUCCCCCAAUCUAUAGCAAUGAGGAAAAGAAACUGUUCAUCGCCCAAGUGAGGAAGAGUUCAGCGCAGGAACGCUUGAAGGAAGUAAUUUUCGAGAGAACGCAAAAAAUAGAUCUGCCUCCUGUGAAAGAGGCUUUUCAAGAAAAACGGCCAUGACUUUGUAUAGUGGCUCUUUUAACACAUUCGAAUAGGUAAAACACUUCUGGAUUUUUCCAUCACUAUUUAGCACGAUGAGAGAACCAUAUUUUUGCAUUUAUUUUUAAUUUGUAAUAAUUUGUUUAUACAUAAUUUGUUUGUGCAUAGUUGACUCAAAUAAAAGAACACAUUGUAUUGAGAUGAAUUCA